CGACCUGCUUUCGAAAAUGAUCUCAUUGGGCCCAUUGACUCAGUAAAGCAAAACAGACGGCCGGACGGAGGCUGCGCUUCUCUCGGGCUUACCGGAACGCCGCUCUCCUUCUCCAGCGCCGUGUUGUUCUUACUUCUCUAUUCUUAGUUUGUUACCAGUGAUCUCUGGAGAUAUGGCCACCAAACCCUUCAGCCCAACAGAGGUGCAGAAGAUAAUCCAGUUUCUGCAUAAGCCAGCUGUGUUCCUAAACAUGACUGAUGACUGGCCAGGGCGGGAGUGGACUCUGGAGCAUUUGGCACUUUGUCUAGGAGAGAAGUCUGUAUGCUUUCGUAUUGGGAAACAGACUGAAGAGAAAGCUCCUCUUUUUGAAACUGAAUGUACGUAUGUCAAAGCAACCCUUGCAGAGUUUUUGUGCUGGACCAGGGGAAGCAGUGACUCAUCUGUAGGUCCAUUCACUGCCUAUCCUCUUUCAGAGUACUGGGCUUAUGCUGACUAUAAGUAUCUUGCCCUGCUUUUUCAAGACAAUACCGCCAUGUUUAAGGGUGUGGUCUGGUCAGACUUUGGAUACCCUGGCCGUGAUGGGCGAGAAAGCACUCUAUGGAUUGGUACUAAUGGCGCUAAUACUCCAUGUCACCUCGACUCUUAUGGCUGCAACCUUGUCUUUCAAGUCCAAGGCAGAAAACGAUGGCAUCUCUUCCCCCCUGAAGAUGCUGAAUGUCUGUACCCAACACGAAUACCAUAUGAAGAGUCCAGUGUGUUCAGCAAGGUCAGCGUGAUUAAGCCUGAUCUGUGUAUAUUUCCUGCUUUCAGAAGAGCCAGAGCCCACGUAGUGACUUUACAGCCAGGUCAGGUACUGUUUGUCCCAAGACACUGGUGGCACUACGUGGAAUCAAUAGACCCAGUAACUGUCAGCGUAAACUCUUGGAUUGAGAUGGAGGUGGAUGAUGAGGCUAGAGUAGAGGAGGCUCUCACCAAGACCAUCGUCUGUGCCCUGAAGACCACUCCAAGCCUUGACAACAAGGACAACUGGCUCAACCCUACUGAGGAAGGGAUCGCUUCACAUGAUGAAAACAUGCAGUACUUGAAUCUGGCAGUAAAGGCUUGUAUGGAUAAAAUUAGCUCCUAUGCUGAAAGCAGGCCAGAAUUUGCAGGCCAAUCCAGCGCUGCUUUGAAACAGGACUCCUUAGGUCACUUGAAGACGACUGCCAACAAUCCUGUCCCUUCGUUUUCAGUUUCCUUCGGACCUCACCUCAUUCCAGUCAUGUGUGUUGCAGACAAGACUCAGAAACAAACAACUGCAAAUUUCAAAGAGACUUCCUUGUCCAAAGACAGUGCUCAGGUUUUCUCUCAAAACAGUGCAAAGCCUCAGGCUACAGAUACACCUGGUAAAGAAGAGGGAGUCAGGCUAUCAGGAGGGCCAGCAGAAGAUGGAAGACAUAGUGAAAAGUACAGCCAUAUAUCCACCAAUGAUGUGCUGGAUUGCCUGCUGCAUCCUGAUGUCAUCACCCUGGUUACACAACUGAUGUUGGACAGACGUAGAGAGCUUGACUCAAAAUAAAUCACACACAGUUGGAAUCUUUUAUACUGCAUUCAUUUUGUAUGUAAACAUGCUGCGAGGAAUAAAGACAAUUUCUUUGA